UCCUGUGCGCACGGAGCUGCAGAGCUGAGCUUUGGAACCGGGAACCGCCGCUGCCGCUGCCGCCGCCGCCGCUGCUGUCUGACAAGCCCGCUGGGAAUGGAAAUGUCUUCUGCUGCAACUCUCACAUCCCACUAACAUGCCAAACAGGACGGACGCGACGGACGGAUUGAUGCGGCUAAAAGCAGUCAAGGCUGAAGAUCAGGGGAUGAGGUUAUAAAACUACAGCGGAGAAAGGAGGAAAAAAAGGAAGAGGAAGUCGGCUGCUUGGAAACUCUUCUUUUGUAUCAUCGUACCCUGCAGUCCUAUAAGGCACUGACUGACCCUGACGUGGAUUACACAGUCAGAAAUGCACCAACACCCACACGUUCACACCUCCCCUCCCCUCACUGCCAUGUCCUCCCACCUGAACCCACCCCGCCUCUUCCUCCCAAUCUUCUCUCUGCUCCUCUCCCUUUCCAUGCCCUCCACCUCCACUCUCUCGUCCUCCUCCUCCCCUCUCCUCUCCUUCUCCCCACCUGAAGGAGGUCUCACACAUUUGGUGGUGCACAACAAAACCGGCGAGGUCUACCUGGGCGCUGUCAACUGGAUCUACAAGCUGUCCAGCAACCUCACCAAGUUACGGAACCAUGUUACGGGCCCUGUGACAGACAACCCUCGCUGUUACCCUCCACCUGGUGUGCAGUCCUGUCCCCAUGAGCUGGUGCAAACCUCUAAUGUCAAUAAACUCCUGCUACUUGAUGCUGCCCAUAACCGCUUAAUUGCCUGUGGGAGUACUUCCCAGGGAAUAUGCCAAUUCCUGCGUCUGGAUGACUUAUUUAAGCUCGGUGAGCCUCACCACCGUAAAGAGCAUUAUCUAUCCAGUGUUGCUGAAGCAAGCACCAUGUCAGGUGUCGUGAUCUCGCCGAAUAUCUUUGGUGAGGGUGGAAAACUAUUCGUCGGCACACCCAUCGACGGGAAAUCUGAGUACUUCCCAACCCUGUCCAGCCGCAAGUUAAUGUCCAAUGAGGAGAAUGCAGACAUGUUCAGCUUCGUCUACCAGGAUGAGUUUGUUUCCUCGCAGCUCAAGAUUCCCUCAGACACGCUCUCCAAGUUCCCAGCAUUUGACAUCUACUACAUCUACGGCUUCAACAGUGAGCAGUUUGUGUAUUACCUCACCUUACAGCUUGACACCCAGCUCACCUCGCCGGAUGCAAGCAGCGAACAGUUCUUCACCUCUAAAAUUGUUCGCCUGUGUGUUGACGAUCCUAAGUUCUACUCCUAUGUUGAGUUCCCCAUCGGCUGCACCAAGGACGGAGUGGAAUACCGCUUGGUUCAGGAUGCUUAUUUAGCCCGACCAGGGGCACGCUUGGCACGUUCGCUUGGUAUUGAAGAACACGAAGAGGUUCUAUUUACUGUAUUUGCCCAGGGUCAGAAGAACAGAGCCAAACCACCCAAGGAGACCGCUUUGUGUCUGUUCACGAUGAAACGGAUAAAGGAGAAGAUUAAAGAGAGGAUUCAGUCGUGCUACAGAGGAGAAGGGAAACUCUCCCUGCCCUGGCUUCUAAACAAAGAGCUGGCCUGCAUCAACUCGCCUCUGCAGAUAGACGAUAACUUCUGCGGCCAGGACUUCAACCAGCCUCUAGGGGGCACCACAGCCAUCGAGGGCAUCCCGCUUUACGUGGACAAGGACGACGGCAUGACCUCCGUGGCGGCCUAUGACUACCGAGGACACACUGUGGCGUUCACAGGCACUCGCAGCGGACACAUGAAGAAGAUCCUUGUGAACUCCAUUACCCAACCUGCCUUGCUGUAUGAGAAUGUGCCGGUGAGCGAUGGAAGCCCCCUUCUUAGAGAUCUUCUCUUCGGCCCGGAACACCAGUACUUAUACACCCUCACCGAUAAACAGGUUACACGUGUACCAGUGGAGAGCUGUGAGCAGUACACCUCCUGUGGAGCCUGUCUGGGAUCAGGAGACCCUCACUGUGGCUGGUGUGUGCUGCAUAAUGUAUGCUCGAGGAAGGAUAGCUGUGAGCGAGCGGACGAACCUCAGCGUUUCACCACCAGAGUGGAGCAGUGCGUCCGACUCUCCGUCCAACCCGACACCGUCUCUGUCACCAUGUCAGAAGUGCAGUUGGUACUUCAGACGCAGAAUGUGCCGAGUCUGUCUGCUGGAGUGAACUGCUCCUUUGAGGACUUCAUAGAGACGGAGGGACGCAUCUAUGGUGGACGCAUCUUCUGCCUGUCGCCCUCUACGAAGGAGGUGGCCCCCAUCACACGAGACCAGGGGGAUCAACGUGUGAUAAAGUUGUAUCUGAAGUCGAAGGAAACAGGAAAGAAGUUUGCCAGCGUGGACUUUGUGUUCUACAACUGCAGCGUCCACCGAUCGUGUCUGUCAUGUGUAAAUGGAAACUUCCCAUGUAACUGGUGCAAAUAUCGCCACAUGUGCACGCAGGAUGCCAGCGACUGCUCCUUCCAGGAGGGACGAGUCAACACCUCUGAGGAGUGUCCUCAGAUCCUUCCCUCCACUCAGAUCUACAUCCCUGCCGGCGUCAUGAGGCCCAUCACCCUGCUGGCCCAGAACCUGCCGCAGCCUCAGUCUGGACAGAGGAACUACGAGUGCAUCUUCCACAUCCAGGGCAACACGCACAGCGUCCCGGCUCUGAGGUUCAACAGCACCAGCAUACAGUGUCAGAAGACCACGUACGACUACGAGGGCGGCGACAUCAGUGACCUGCCGGUCGACCUCUCCGUGGUGUGGAAUGGAAACUUCGUCAUUGACAACCCGUUCAACAUUCAAGCUCAUCUCUACAAGUGCAGAGCGCUGCGGGACAGCUGUGGUAUGUGCCUGAAGGCUGACCCCAGGUUUGAGUGUGGCUGGUGCGUCGCGGACAAGAAGUGCUCCCUCAGGCAGGAGUGUAACGGUGGAGGACACUCCCACCUCGCGCUGCAGCUGGCUGAAGGUGGAGGGUGGAUGCACGCCACCUCUGGAAACAGCCGCUGCACCCAUCCAAAGAUCACGAAGUUGUUCCCUGAGACGGGGCCUCGCCAGGGGGGAACCAGGGUGACCAUCCUGGGGGAGAACCUGGGUCUGCAUUUCAGAGACAUUCAGAUGGGCGUCAGGUUGGGCAAGGUGCCCUGUGUGCCUAUCGAGGAGGAGUACGUGAGCGCUGAGAGAAUAGUGUGUCUGCUGAACGACGCUACGGGCUACAGGGUGCAAGAGGCUCAGGUGGAGGUGUGUGUGAGGGACUGUGUCAACGACUAUCGAGCCCUGUCGCCAAGGCCAUUCACCUUCGUGACUCCAUACUUCACCCGUAUCCAGCCAUCUCAGGGGCCCAUCUCCGGCGGCACCAGGGUCACCAUCGAGGGAAGCAACCUGAACGCAGGCAGUUACGUGUCUGUCAGCAUAGGACCACAGCCUUGCUACUUCAAAAAGAGGAAUGCCCGUGAGAUAGUGUGUGUGACACCAGCUGGAUUGGCAGCUGGCACUUCAUCGGUCUUGGUGGACAUCGACGACGCUGAGCUGAGAAACCCUGAAGUCAAGUUUAACUACACUGAAGACCCCACUGUCCUGAGGAUUGAACCUGACUGGAGCAUUGCCAGUGGUGGGACUCUGCUGACAGUGAGCGGUACCAACCUCGCAACCAUCCGAGAACCAAAGAUAAGGGCCAAGUAUGGGCAGGCGGAAUCGUUUCAUAACUGUACGGUGUAUAACAACUCAGUCAUGGUGUGCCUCGCCCCAUCGGUGGCCGAUUCAGAGCUGGGAUUUUCAGAGGCCGGCACAGGCCCGGACGAGAUCGGCUUCUACAUGGACAAUGUGAAUGCUCUGGUUGUGGUGAACGAGACAUUCAGCUACUACCCCGACCCCGUGUUCGAGCCGCUGAGUCCCUCUGGAAUACUCGAGCUCAAACCCACAUCACCACUCAUUCUCAAGGGUCGAAACCUGAUCCCAGCGGCUCCGGGGAACAGUCGCCUGAACUACACGGUGCUGAUUGGAGAGACUCCCUGCGUCCUCACCCUGUCUGAGAGCCAGCUGCUGUGUGAAUGGCCCAACCUCACUGGACAACACAAAGUCACGAUCCGUGCUGGGGGGUUCGAGUACUCCCCCGGGACUCUUCACAUCUACUCAGACAGCCUUCUGACACUUCCCGCCAUCAUCGGCAUCGGAGGGGGCGGCGGCCUGCUCCUGUUGGUCAUCAUCGCUGUGCUGAUAGCCUAUAAGAGGAAGUCGAGGGACGCUGACCGCACACUGAAACGUCUUCAGCUCCAGAUGGACAACCUGGAGUCCAGAGUGGCUCUGGAGUGUAAAGAAGCUUUUGCUGAGCUUCAGACCGACAUCCAUGAGCUGACCCAGGAGCUGGACGGGGCUGGGAUCCCCUUCCUCGACUAUCGGACUUAUGCGAUGAGGGUCCUGUUCCCCGGGAUCGAGGACCACCCCGUGCUCAAGGAGAUGGAGGUACGGGUUCAGGCGAAUGUUGAGAAGGCACUGACGCUGUUUGGCCAGCUGCUGACCAAGAAGCACUUCCUGUUGACGUUCAUACGAACCCUGGAGGCACAAAGGUCAUUCUCAAUGCGAGACAGAGGCAACGUGGCAUCUCUGAUCAUGACGGCCCUGCAGGGGGAGAUGGAGUACGCCACUGGAGUCCUGAAACAGCUGCUGUCCGACCUGAUCGACAGAAACCUGGAGAGCAAAAACCAUCCCAAGCUGCUGCUCCGGAGAACGGAGUCCGUCGCUGAGAAGAUGCUGACCAACUGGUUUACGUUUCUGCUGUAUAAGUUCCUCAAGGAGUGUGCUGGGGAGCCUCUGUUCAUGCUUUACUGUGCCAUCAAGCAGCAGAUGGAGAAGGGACCCAUCGACGCCAUCACAGGAGAAGCCCGCUACUCCCUCAGUGAGGACAAGCUCAUCAGGCAGCAGAUUGACUACAAAACACUGACGUUGCACUGUGUAAACCCAGAGAAUGAGAAUUCCGCCGAGGUGACGGUCAAGUGUCUGAAUUGUGACACGAUCACUCAGGUCAAAGAGAAGCUGCUCGAUGCUGUGUACAAGGGCAGCCCCUAUUCACAAAGGCCAAAGGCUUCUGAUAUGGACCUGGAAUGGCGUCAAGGUCGGAUGGCCAGAAUCAUUCUGCAAGAUGAAGAUGUCACGACUAAGAUCGACAACGACUGGAAGCGCCUCAACACGCUGGCUCACUAUCAGGUGACGGACGGCUCAGUGAUCGCCCUGGUGCCAAAGCAGAACUCUGCCUACAACAUCUCCAACUCGUCCACCUUCACCAAGAGCCUCAGCAGAUACGAGAGUAUGCUGAGGACAGCCAGCAGUCCAGACAGCCUCCGAUCCAGAACACCCAUGAUCACGCCCGACCUGGAGAGUGGCACCAAACUGUGGCAUCUGGUGAAGAACCACGACCACUCGGACCAGAGAGAGGGCGACCGGGGAAGCAAGAUGGUCUCUGAGAUCUACCUGACCAGGCUGCUCGCCACAAAAGGUACGUUACAGAAGUUUGUGGACGACCUGUUUGAGACCAUCUUCAGCACGGCACACAGAGGCAGUGCGCUGCCCCUCGCCAUCAAGUACAUGUUCGACUUCCUGGACGAGCAGGCCGACAAACACUCGAUCAAUGACUACGACGUACGACACACUUGGAAGAGCAACUGUCUCCCUCUGCGUUUCUGGGUGAACGUGAUCAAGAACCCCCAGUUUGUGUUUGACAUUCACAAGAACAGCAUCACGGACGCCUGUCUGUCUGUGGUGGCCCAGACCUUCAUGGACUCCUGUUCAACAUCAGAACACAAACUGGGAAAAGACUCACCUUCAAAUAAGCUUCUCUACGCUAAAGACAUCCCCAACUACAAGAACUGGGUGGAGAGGUAUUACUCUGACAUCUCCCGCAUGCCGGCCAUCAGCGACCAGGACAUGAGUGCCUACCUAGCAGAGCAGUCCCGCCUGCACCUCAGCCAGUUCAACAGCAUGUCUGCGCUGCACGAGAUCUACUCCUACAUCAUCAAAUACAAAGACGAGAUCCUUUCAGCGUUGCAGAAGGACGAGCAGUCGCGCAGACAGCGGCUACGCGGAAAGCUGGAGCAGGUGAUCGACACCAUGGCUCUGGCCAGCUGAGGACCAGCCAAUCGCGCUCCUCGGCUAGCAGAGAACUGGCCAACCAACACACCUUCCCUGACAACCGUUGACGCCCCGUGACAUUUAGACCCUCGACGUUUGAAGUCUCUCGCUGUCGCCCUCGUAAACACCACCAAACAUGAGCAGCAGAAAAGACUGCCAGGACACAAGCACCCAGCAGCAGCACACUGGAGAGAUAGCAGAGUUUGGACCUAAGGCCCCGCCGGCAGGGUUGGUGUUUUUUUGGUUUUUAUUUUUUUUUCUCUGAGCCACCAACCCAGCCCUGAACAACCAAAUCAAACGCACCGACAGCCUCAGCAGAUAUGGUCCUCAGCUCAGGAGAAAGUUCAUUUUCAUCAAGGCCCCUCAUCACAUCGAGAGUCCUAUAGGGGCAGCAGCUGGGUACUUUGGCCACAAUCAGGAGCGGUACAUGCACAGUGGCGACCAGACACUCAUGGAGCUGGACGCAGAGCUGAAACGCUGCAGGGGGAAAGGUACAAGUCACCAGCGAGUAGCUUUCCACAGCCAGAGCUACGGUUCAAUAGCAACUGUGGGCUAAUACAAAUCCAGGAUGUGAUAUCUCUAUACUUGAUCCCUUUCUCUUUUCUGUUGCUGUCCUCCACCGGGAGGUCAGUGGUCAGGGACAGCUACAGAGCAGCCGCCAUGGAGCUGGUAGAAAUUCAGUGUGUUGCUCAAAGACACUUCAGCAGGACACUUGGCUGCCACCGCAGAGCAACCACGAGGAAGGACUUUGCAGGGAAACUCUUCCUCCAGUACUGACUCUGACUAACUAUCAACAAGAUCUCUGACAAAGGACAUCCUCAGUUUCACCACUCGGCUUUUGAUUUGUAAUUGUAUUCGAUUCCGUUGCUCCCUCAACUGCCUACUCUCCCUAGUGCUGUGCCACUUGUGUUACUGCUGAAUUUGCACAACAAAGCUAAAUCAAAAGAGAGAAGAGGAUAUAUGAAUAUAUAUAUAUAUAUAUAUGGAUAUAUAAAUACAAACCUUUUGUUUUUAAAACAAAUGAGAAGUUGAGUUCUUUUUCCAUUUUAAUGUACAAAAGAUAAGUUUGAGAAGAGGAUUUGAUAUUUCCGAGAUGAAAAAUUAUGAGGAAAAAGUUGUCCUGUGCCAUGUUUUCCUUUGAAUGUUGUUUAGUGCAAAGAGACUUCUUUUCGUUAGAUGAAAUGUGCUAUCAUGAAAUGUGCUAUCAUGAAAUGUUGCCAUGCUUACCGACUGAAAGUGAGAGUUUAAAAAAUAGGUAACUGGCAAAGAUAUACAUAUAUAUAUAAUUACAGACACUUUCUAUAUUUCAUGAGGUCUUUGGGUAGUUGUGUGCUACAUCUCUGGCGAAAGGACAAAUGGUGUCUGGAAGUCGCCUGUGAGACGACCGACCUUCAGUGCUCUUGUGUUUGUUUUGAAGCAACCAAAUACAGCUGAUUUAGAUGAAGUCAUUUCUGUGGAGGCCAGCCUCGUCGCUGUGUGGUGGUCGGACCACUGGAGGAAUUAGGCAGCCGUCUAGGUUGAACCGUGGCACAUGUUCUCUGCAACUUCUUGCUCUUGUUUUAUAGCCUUCCCCCUCUUGUCUGAAACAUUUUAUUAGAUGUGCCAUCUGACAUGAAGGCUAGUUUUUGGUGUGAUGCAAAAGAAAGUGAAACAGUGUUGUCGAACUUUGGCUUGUAUUUUUUUUUUCUUAGUCUGCAGUGAAUACGGUAAAAGCUCAAGGCUCCAUUUUUGAAAUGUGAAUGUGGUUUAUGAAGCGAUAAUGAAAUGUAGCUUGAUUCAUGUGAGUGGUGUUUUUGUACCAGUUGAAGGCCUUUUUUUUUCAUUCUGUGGUUUUACAGGGGUAUCAAAAAAAGUGAAGUACGCGCUGCACCACAUAAACUGGCAGUGCUCAGAAAAAAACAUGCGUACAUGAACAAGACAUUCCUUUCUCCUAUGACAAAAAAUAAGAUUGACAGGUGUUAAACACACCGGGGUAAUGUCAUGUAACCUGUAUGUUUGAUGAACUGUCAUUCAUUCAUGAGAAGCAGAUCAGACUCAUCAACAACCAGAUCCGAUGAAUUUAACUACUUAUCCCUGUUUGUUUCUUUUAAUAACAGAGAAAAUAGGUGAUGGUUGAAACAGGUUGAUUUCCAUAAGAUUUACAAGAAUACUGCAGUUACCAGUGCAUCAAAAUCAUUUUGGCUACAUCCACAUUACUAUGUUACAAAUCAACUCUGCUACAAAUAUGCCUGGGUCCACACGACUAGCAACCAACAUUGGCCUCGGCUACCAGUGUAGAACACAACAUGGAUAAUCAAUUACAAGCGUUGCUGACCCUGUUGUCUUUGCUAACAGCUUGAAUUCUGCAUUUAACUAUGAUAAAAGUGAUCACAUGCGAAAAGGAGCUAAUAUUCUAACAAUUCCUGUUUACACCAACACGCGUUUUUUGGCAUGUAAGUAUGAACCGGAAUUAAAACUCAUCCUCAGCCAAAACGCUUGUGUUGAGAGAUGAUCGUUUUAUUUUUCAAAUGAAAUGAGGUAGUAUGGAUUUAUCCUUUCUUUUCCUUCCUGUUCAACAGUGCUUCCCUCAGUUUCUUUUUUUUCCUGUGGUACAGUGGAAUUGACUCUUUAAUCAGUGAACCCCAGAGUACUCAUCCCAGUUUGAAUAACAUAGAGUCUGCAGACAGCUGGGGGGUGUCUGCGAACAGGCCUGCUAGGUUUAUGCAAAACCGCACCCCUUGAGUUAUCAUCCCCUCCUACACUUAGACAGUCCAAGGAGAGCCAAGUGAGAGAUGGCAGUUAUUACUAACUUACUUUGGUUCUUCUACCUUGGUAAUAGAUCCUUAUGACUGCAGUGAGUGCUGCUCUUCAGUACAAUCCAACACAGCCAAGGAAACUCUCAAGUAUACUUUCCAACACAGUUGUAAUCUAUCUACAAUGAGACUUGCUCACACCUCUUGUCUUCAUUUUACAUAGUCUCAAAUUAACCUUUGCUGGAAUAGAUACUUGUUUUAAACAGAAGUUUAAAAUGCCAGCUGGGAAAACUAAAGAUUUUUAAUAUUAAUUGUAAUAAUUAGGACACUAGGCAUCAUGUUUUUUGAAUACUAAACUAAGUUAUUAGUUCAAGUAAUGUAAUUGAACUGAAAUAAUUGUAUUUAAAUCUGCACCCCACAUAUUUGUGCAAGUUGUACUGACAAUAUUACAUUAUUUUCUUUAUUCCAAAGAAAACAGCAGCCAGUAGAGAAAGGAUGCUUCCACACCUGCCUUGUUUGGUUUGGACCUUAGGACUUUUCAGGUUGGUCUGAACCCAAAUAGCAGGAGUGAGAAUUCUCUUUGGUUUUGAUCGAAGAGACGGACUCAGGUCCAAACAGAAGGAGUGGUCUGGGUCCACAUCAAACUGAAUCAUGUUAUCCAUGUAAGAUUGUUUCUGCUACCACUAUGCUAUUAUUAUGAUAGCAGGAUACAUCUUUCGUUUAUCUCCUUUCAAGCAGUAAAGGCUGCCCACAGAAUUAACCCACAUGAAAGCAAUGUCAAGUACAGAGCAAUGCAGCACAUGGAUGUGAUGACCACAGAACAUUGCAAAAUUGCAGUGUGAAAACAAACCAGAUCAAAUGUUGGCCGACAUGAUGUCACAAAAACACAAACCUUGGUUCAGACCCUGAUAAGGACUUUCUGUUUAGAAGGCACCUGGUGUGAUUAAAAAAAGCACUAGACAGACUAAAGAACAUAACCCAGUGAUAUUGUUCAGUCACAGCUGGCACACAGAAUGAAAUUCAGGGUGAUAUUUCAUUUAGUGUGUUUGGCCGUCACUAAUUUUCACAUAAGACCCUUUGGAUUGUGUCUUUUGAGCAGCACUCCCUCCAAUCAAAGCCUCACGCUUAAAAGGAAAGUGGAAAAUAAUGUCACAGCUACCCGCACAUGAGGUGAUUACUAAACUGACAUGCUAAUCUUCAGGUUGACGAUAAGGAUUCAUUAUUUGAAUUCCAUUUCCCAGCUACAACUAUAGAAAAAUGAACAUCAUAUUUUCCCUACAGCUGAGAAAACAGGUUUGUAAUAUAAAAAUAUUCAGUUCCUUAAUAUUCAGUUGAAGUUAUAAGGCAAACUUAGCAUCAGUGACAUUGUGUAGCCUCCAAGCCAAACACAUUUUGCUGCUGUCAAGUGAAAGCUCUUCACUCCAACAGAACCACAUUACCUUUGAGGGAUUAGGAUGUUUAAAGAAACCCUUUCAAAAAAUGCAGUGUAUAUUUUUUUGCAGUUCAAACUAAAACGCUGUGUUUCAUCUGACAGCAUGAAUGUGUUUGGACAGAGUGAGACGUACUGUUUGUGCUUCCAUACUUGAACCACUGAUCUACACAGGGUAAAAAAACUACAUACAGGGCAGCAGACCAAAGCUUUCGUCAUCCACAUCAGGAGAGGAACUCCAGGACAGGAGAUUAACUUUGAUCCAUCUGCUUCUCAGCACUUCCACAAAACGGAUUUCACCAUUCAGUUAGUCUUUUAAAUAACUAGGAAGUCGUUUAGUUUUCUAUGGCUGAUGAAUGCUGAAAUCGAGAGACAUUACUUCCAUGUACAGGCGCUCAUCAACACAUUUUGUUCAAUUUAAAUGGGUGUUUUGACAGCGAUUUACUUGCUCAUUUGUUCUUGUGUUAAAGGCUCGUGAAGAUAAUUUUAGAGAUCUGGAAAGAGUAAUGAGGCUUAUUAAGCCUUGCUGAUAACUUUGUACGGGUGUAAAAAGAAAAAGAAACGUUUAGUAAGAUGGUGGGAUAAGACUCACUUGGUCUCUGGUGCUUUUGUUUCUUAGCCUCUUGUUUUCUGCUUCACCACUUGUUGGGGUAAAAGAUGAAAAGACUCGGGCGAGGCAGAGGAAGCGCUUUGAAGGCAAUGUUACCGCUUCAUUUUCCAUUCUGUUGCAUCUGUGGCAUUCAGUUUUUCACAUAGAAAAAGACAGUGAUGAAAUGAUGAAGGAGUCGCUCAAUGAUUGACCGACACAGAACUGUUCUCCGAGCUUUGUCAGCCCCUUCACAUACUGAAAAGAAAUAUGAAUCGAGGCAGAUGUUAAAAAUUGGUCAUAGAAAUAUAUGUAAACAUACAUUUGUGUUAAUUUACUUCAGUAACUUAUAGAAUAUUCUAAUUUCACUUCUUUCUGAGAGGAAUAUUUGGAGGUCUUUAGCCUGGCUCUAGAAAACCAAUUGUCUUCUUGUGUAUUUCAAUUUGAAUUAGUCAUAAACUAAAAUUCAAUAGUUUGUGCUUUGAGGGAAUAUGCUAGAAGUACCUGCUUACACCCAUUGAGCUUUAGCAAGCUUUUAACAGGAAACUCCACUACAACUGCCCCUAAAACAAUAUAUUAUCAUCUUUUACCUUGUUGUUGAUCAGUCAGCUUUGGUACACUGGUUUUCUCUGUCUUUAUGCUAAUUUUAGCUAAGCUAACUACAUUGUGACUCCAGCUCUCUUUUAAAUACAGAGACGUAACAGUGACGUCAUCCUGUAGCUCUAGAAGACAAGAAAAAUUUGCACAUAUUUGUUGCAAGUACAUUUAAGUGUUUAUCAAUAAGGUGUAUAAAGAUGGUUAGCUAGGUUUAGCAGAGUGGGGUGUAGAUAUAAAAAAUAAAAUAAAAAGAGAGAAAAAAGAAACUUUACCUGAAAUGAUUUUACCCAUUAUCGAAAGAACACAAUGUCUUUUGUUCAUUUAACCUUUAAACAGCACUGGAUUAGCUGGUGCUCCUUUCUAGCUGUUCCGCUAAGUUAGUUAACCACUUUCUGUUUCUAGCUUCAUUUUCAUUAGACUGGUGUCAGUCCUCUCGUCCAACUCUCAGCAGAAAAGUGAAAAAGAACAUUUCCCAAAAUGUCAAACUGUUUCUGAAAUAAGGUGUUGGCAACCCACGCCUUUCCCCCCCGUACAUUCUGAAAGCAGUCUUUAAAACUUUACAAGUGUAUCAUAAAUGUGCUUAUUUUUCAGUACAACUUCCACCCACCAAAAUGACACCACCUCAGACCCAUAACAACGCACAACCUUAAUACAUCCCCCAUUCAUCUGCCAUUUCAGAUUUGAUCCCCCUCAACAGGGCUUUUCAUCCCUCAGCUCCAACUCUCUGGCAUCAUCACCUGCUGAGUUUGAUUAAAGUACAUUUCAGAGGAGUAUAGGACAUGAAAUAUCUUCACACACAGAUUAAGAGGAGGUAGAAAGAAAAAAAAUACCUUAAAGAGUUUUAAUACUUUAUGAAUUCUGAUACCUUUUUAAGAGUUUCAGACUUGAAGCUGCUGUGACAGGUUUUGGCUGUUUCACGCCCGUGUAAAUAUCCUGCUCUUUCCUAUUUUGCAGAUUUAUUACGUGUAAAUAGACACGCAUCAAGGAGAGAUUAAACAUGUUUUUUGCUAAA